AGAGAAGUUGCGGCGGCAUGUGCUAUAAAUUCAAACACUCACAUUGAUAGUCAGGUGAUCUCGUAGUAGACCAGCGGAUUGGAUGUAUCAUUGCUAGAACGUGCAUUGCGGAACAACCAGGAAGACGGCCUAAAUCUGUCAGAAAAUGAGCAGAGCGAAAGCACAACUUAACCGCCUGACAGCAACAGCAAUCGAAAAUCGAGACUUUGUGGAUUUCAUCACGGGCGAUGUUCCGUCAACAGAACUACCCCCUAGGUUAUACACUAUGAAUCAGGUGGGGAAUUUGCUGACCGGAAUGAAACUUCGCCAGAAUGCAGCACGACUGCGGACAGCCCGGACAAGUCUCAAGCAACGGGAUCCUUCAGUUUUGGCGGCGCCAGUGCAUGUCAGUUCAGUUCGUCAACGAACUCACUCAAACGAGGACAGAUGUGCACCAAUUUUUGGCAGAGAAAUACUGUGCGAUACGGGGAAGCAGGAUCCCAAAUGGUAACUUUCUCUAAGUUUAACGGAUUUAUGCUGCCAACCCACGAAUUUCUUUCUACAAACUUACCUUUCUUGGACAGUGGUAUCCUUUUACAUCAACUUUCAAAUCAGAUAUAAAUGAACCCAAGGAAUAGUAAACAGUAAUCAGAAGUCAACUGGUUUGCUACUCUACUGGAGCACUUCCGUUCGAUCUUCUGACGCCUGCUAAUUUACAAAUAUUUUGUGUCUUACUUUUGCAAAUGAUGUUUUGCUGAUACACUGUCAUGUCCUUGCUGCUCAGUGACUGAUCUCAACUCACUUACGUGGAUGGGAAAUGAUGAAGGCGAUAGAAAUAUGAGCACAGUACACAUAAGCG